CCCAAAGCUCACAUCAUAAAGCAUAGUUUUCCUGGUCAUAAGUUUCAAGUUCAGGUUCAGGAUCUUGUCUUCAGUUUACCAAAUCUUUAUUCUUCUUCUUUUGAGUACUACUGCAAGUGCAGAAUUCAUAAAAGUUUCCCCUUUCUGUAGUUGACAAGUGCUUGAUCAGGUUGAGUCCAAAAUCUAUCCUUUCUCCAAGCUAAUGUGGAAGCUGAAGGUUGCAGAGGGUGUGGAUGGGCGGUACUUGUACAGCACAAACAACUACGCGGGGAGACAAACCUGGGAAUUCGACCCUGACAGUGGCACCCCUGAAGAGCGAGCCCAGGUUGAAGAGGCUCGCCAAAAUUUCUACCAAAACCGCCACCAUGUCAAGCCUAGUGCUGACCUCCUUUGGCGUAUGCAGUUUCUGAAGGAAAAGAAUUUCAAACAAAGCAUACCAGCAGUGAAAAUUGAAGAUGGUGAGCAAAUCACGUAUGAGAAGGCCACAACAACACUGAGGAGGGCUGUGCAUUUCUUCUCUGCUUUGCAAGCCAGCGACGGUCAUUGGCCCGCUGAAAAUGCUGGUCCAUUGUUUUUCCUUCCACCCUUGGUUUUCAGUAUGUAUAUUACUGGACACCUUAACACCGUAUUCCCUGAAGAGCAUCGUAGAGAAAUCCUUCGUUAUAUAUACUAUCAUCAGAAUGAAGAUGGUGGAUGGGGAUUACAUAUAGAGGGUCACAGCACCAUGUUUUGUACAGCUCUUAGCUACAUUUGCAUGCGUAUUCUCGGGGAAGGACCCGAUGGCGGACUGGACAAUGCUUGUGCGAGAGCCCGCAAGUGGAUUCUUGACCAUGGCAGUGUCACUCAUAUGCCCUCUUGGGGGAAGACUUGGCUUUCGAUACUUGGUGUUUUUGACUGGUCCGGUUGUAACCCAAUGCCCCCAGAGUUCUGGCUGCUUCCUUCUUUCCUUCCUAUGCAUCCAGCUAAAAUGUGGUGCUACUGUCGUAUGGUGUACAUGCCUAUGUCAUACCUAUAUGGCAAAAGGUUCGUCGGCCAGAUCACACCUCUCAUCGAACAACUCAGAGAAGAACUCUACCUUCAACCUUACAAUGAAAUUAACUGGAAGAAAAUACGCCAUCUAUGUGCACCUGAGGAUAUAUACUAUCCACAUCCUUUGAUUCAGGAUCUGAUGUGGGACAGUCUAUAUAUAUGUACCGAACCGCUGCUUACUCGUUGGCCUUUUAACAAGUUGAUCAGAGAAAGGGCUCUCCAAGUAACAAUGAAACACAUCCAUUAUGAAGAUGAAAAUAGUAGAUACAUCACCAUUGGUUGUGUGGAGAAGGUGUUAUGCAUGCUUGCUUGUUGGGCUGAAGAGCCAAAUAGUGAUUACUUUAAGAAACACCUUGCUCGAAUCCCGGAUUAUCUUUGGGUUGCUGAAGAUGGGAUGAAGAUGCAGAGUUUUGGAAGCCAACAGUGGGAUACCGGUUUCGCCAUUCAAGCUUUGCUUGCUAGUAACCUCACCGAUGAAAUCGGACCCGUACUCAAGAGAGGACAUGACUUCAUCAAGAAAUCUCAGGUCAAGGACAACCCUUCCGGUGACUUUAAGCAAAUGUUCCGUCAUAUUUCAAAGGGAUCUUGGACUUUCUCUGAUCAAGAUCAUGGAUGGCAAGUUUCUGAUUGCACUGCAGAAGGCUUGAAGUGUUGCCUACUCAUGUCCAUGUUGCCACCAGAAAUUGUUGGUGAGAAAAUGGAACCUCAGCAAUUAUAUGAUGCAGUCAAUGUUAUACUCUCUCUGCAGAGUCAAAAUGGAGGAUUAGCUGCCUGGGAGCCUGCAGGAGCUCAAGAGUGGCUGGAAAUGCUUAAUCCCACCGAAUUUUUUGCCGACAUAGUCAUCGAGCAUGAAUACAUUGAGUGUACUGCAUCUUCAAUCCAUGCUUUAGUUAUGUUUAAGAAGUUGUACCCUGGGCACAGGAAGAAAGAAAUCGAGAAUUUCAUCACGAAUGCCGUACACUACCUCGAAGAUAUACAAAUGCCUGAUGGUUCAUGGUAUGGAAACUGGGGAGUUUGCUUCACAUAUGGUACAUGGUUUGCACUCGGAGGCCUUGCAGCUGCAGGCAAGACAUACAUCAACUGUGAAGCUAUGCGGAGAGGUGUUGAGUUCCUACUUACAACACAAAGAGAGAAUGGUGGGUGGGGAGAGAGCUACAAAUCAUGUCCUGAAAAAAUAUAUGUACCUCUUGAAGAUGGCAGAUCAAACUUGGUGCAUACUGCAUGGGCUAUGAUGGGCUUGAUUCAUGCUGGACAGGCGGAAAGAGACCCAAGGCCUCUGCACCGUGCUGCAAAACUAAUAAUCAAUUCUCAGUUGGAAGAUGGCGACUUUCCCCAACAGGAAAUUACUGGAGUGUUCAUGAAAAACUGCAUGUUACACUAUGCAGCCUAUAGGAACAUUUACCCACUGUGGGCACUUGCAGAGUACCGGAAACGUGUUCCAUUGCCAUAAUCCUCUGUCCAAACAUGUUGGAACUUGACUCAUCGAACGCCAAAAGAAAUGGCGGAUUAUAUAGAUUAAUUUAUUGAUUUCUGUAUACUAUUUCUUUUUUAUUUUUCACAAAGGUGGUCAUGAAUGUACAAAAGUCAAUGAGUGGAUGUCAUCACAUAAGUGGACAAAAUAAGCUUGUAAAAUGGUAUACCCACAAAUCAUAUUUUAAGUAAAUGAAUCCGCUUUGCCCACA